AUGGGCGUUCAUUCGUCACGACUACCAUCCACAUGGGAACGUGUGAAGCCAUUUUGUUCUGUCCGACUCAAGGAUAUUGCUGGAAUGCCGCGGAAGGUCGGCGAAGCACCCGGCAUCCUAGCACCUCUACACCCAAGCACCCUGGCACCCCAGCACCCAGCAACCAGCAUCCCAACAUCCCAGCACCUCUACACCCCAGCACCCCGGCACCCCAGCCUUUCUACACCCCAGCACCCAGCAUACCAGAAUCUCUACACCCCACAAUCUCUACACCCCAGCACCCAGCACCCCAGCAUCUCUACACCCAAGCACCCAGCACCCCAGCAUCUCUUCACCCCAGAACAGCAACAUAACACCUCUACACCCCAGCACCCAGUACCUCUACACCCCAGCACCCCAGUACCUCUACACCCCAGCAUCUCUACACCCAAGCACCCAGCACCCCAGCAUCUCUUCACCCCAGAACAGCAACAUAACACCUCUACACCCCAGCACCCAGCACCUCUACACCCCAGCACCCCAGUACCUCUACACCCCAGCAUCUCUACACCCCAGCACCCAGCAUCCCAGCACCUCUACACCCCAGCACCCCAGUACCUCUACACCCCAGCACCCCAGCACCCCAGCACCUCUACAACCCAGCAGCCAGUAUCCCAGCACCUCUACACCCAAGCACCAAGCACCCCAGCUCCCAGCACCCCAGCACCUCUACACCCCAGCACCUCCACACCCCAGCACCUAGCAUCCCAGCAUCUCUACACCCCAGCACCCAACACCCAAGCAUCUCUACACCCCAGCACCUACACCCAGCAUCCCAGCACCUCUACAACCCAGCACCCCAGCAUCUCUACACCCCAGCAACUAGCAUCACAGCACCUCUACACCCCAGCACCCAGCAUCCCAGCACCUCUACACCCCAGCACCUCUACACCCCAGCAGCCAGUACCCCAGCACCUCUACACCCCAGCACCAAGCACCCCAGUACCCAGCACCCCAGCACCUCUACAGCCAAACACCUCUACACCCCAGCACCUCCACACCCCAGCACCUAGCAUCCCAGCAUCUCUACACCCCAGCACCCGGCACCCAAGCAUCUCUACACCCCAGCACCUAGCAUCACAGCACCUCUACACCCCAGCACCCAGCAUCCCAGCACCUCUACACCCCAGCACCUCUACAUUCUGCACCCAGCAUCCCAGCACCUCUACACCCCAGCACCUCUACACCCCAGCACCCAGCAUCCGAGCACCUCUACACCCCAGCACCUCUACACCCCAGCACCUCUACACCCCAGCACCCAGCACCCCUGCACCUCUACACCCUAGCACCCAGCAUCCCGGCACCUCUACACCGCAGCACCCCGGCACCCCAGCAUCUCUACACCCCAGCACCCAGCACCCCAGCACCCCAGCACCUCUACACCCCAGUACCCCAUCAUCUCUACACCCCAGGACCCAGCACCCAAGCACCCAGCAUCCCAGCACCUCUACACCCCAGCACCCAGCACCCAGCACCCAGCACCCAGCACCCCAGCACCCCAGCACCUCUACACCCCAGCACCCAGCACCCCAGCACCUCUACACCCCACACCCAGCACCCCAGCACCUCUACACCCCAGCACCCCAGCAUCUCUACACCCCAUCACCCAGCACCCCAGCACCCAGCAUCCCGGCACCUCUACAUCCCAGCACCUCUACACCCCAGCACCCAGCACCCAGCACCCCAGCACCCAGCAUCCAGCAUCCCGGCACCUCUACAUCCCAGCACCUCUACACCCCAGCACCCAGCACCUCUACACCCCAGCACCCAGCACCCCAGCACCCCAGCACCCCAGCACCUCUACACCCCAGCACCCAGCACCCCAGCACCUCUACACCCAUGCACCAAGCACCCAAGCACCUCUACACCCCAGCACCCAGCAUCCCAGCACCUCUACACCCCACAGCCCGGCACCCCAGCAUCUCUACACCCAUGCACCAAGCACCCAAGCACCUCUACACCCCAGCACCCAGCAUCCCAGCACCUCUACACCCCAGCACCCAGCACCCCAGCACCUCUACACCCCAGCACCCAGCAUCCCAGCACCUCUACACCCCAGCACCCAGCAUCCUGGCACCUCUACACCCCAGCAACUCUACACCCCAGCACCCAGCAUCCCAUCAUCUCUUCGACCCAGCACCCACCAUCCCAGCAUAUCUACACCCCAGCAACUCUACACCCCAGCACCCAGCAUCCCAGCAUCUCUUCACCCCAGCACCCAGCAUCCCAGCAUCUCUACACCCCAGCACCUCUACACCCGAGCACCCAGCAUCCCAGCGCCUCUACAUCCCAGCAUCUCUACACCCCAGCACCCAACAGCCCUGCACCUCUACACCCCAGCAUCUCUACACCCCAGCAUCUCUACACCCAGCACCCAGCACAUCUACACCCCAGCACCCCAGUACUCUAUGCUUCCCUCAAGGACUGACUUAA